AUGUCUGGCUUUGCGUUCACUGCGGUCCUCCUGGCCCUGCUCCAGGCUUCCCUCACCCAGGGACAGCUGGUUUCCUCUCUGUGUCUGACUCCUGGAGAAAUCCUCACCAGCGAACCAGCGGUGCAGAAGGAGAUUGUGGACGGGCACAACGCCGUCAGGAGUGGAGUCCAGCCCACCGCCAGCAACAUGCUGAAGAUAGAGUGGAACACUGAGGCAGCAGCUCAUGCAGACAGCUGGGCCAAGGGCUGCUCCAUGGGACAUAGUACUCACAACAAGAGAAUCAUCAGCACGAGCGCGUGUGGAGAGAACAUCUACCUGUCGAGUGAGCCUGACUCCUGGAGCUCUGCCCUCUCAUCCUGGCACAGCGAGGUCAACGGCUACAAAUACGGAGUGGGCCAAGUGGGAAAGGCCCCCGUGGGACACUACACACAGAUGGUGUGGUACAGGUCUAACCAGGUGGGCUGUGCAGUGGCGCACUGCCCUGACUCCAAGUUCCAGUACUUCUAUGUGUGCCAGUACUGCCCCCCGGGAAACUUCGUGCACACCAACCCCUACACUGAGGGACCCUCCUGCGGCCAGUGCCCAGACAACUGUGACAACAAUCUGUGCACCAAUCCCUGCCCUUUCUUGGAUAAGUAUGCAAACUGCGGUGGUCUGAAGAACCGCUAUGGGUGUGGUAACAAGUUCAUCGCCACCUGGUGCCCUGCCUCCUGCCAAUGUGCCGGCAAGAUCAUCUAA